UGGGCCGCGGCUAAACACCAAAACUUUGGGGAAAUGGAGCUGCUCAGUGGCGCAGUGGCGCAGCGGAAGCUUGGGGAAGCGGAGGCUUGCGAGCAGCCAGAGAACUAGCCAUUACCCAUUAGCUCUUGCUACUAGCUCAGCACUACCCUACACUGACAUCCAUCGAUCGGAUCGCGCUGCUGCGGAGUGUGUACAAAAGGCCGCGAAGGCGGUAGCGACUGAGCAGCACUAGGCCAGGUAAAGGUGUGUAAGGCGAACGAAGCCAGGGAGAAGCGAGAAGCCCGUGAGCAGCUGCUGCGGUGCGGUGGGAGGAGGGAGCGAGGGUCUCGUCUUGGCGCGGCCAUGGACGCCUACGAGGCGACCAAGGUGGUGUUCUCCCGGAUCCAGGCGCUGGACCCGGACCACGCCGCCAAGAUCAUGGGCCUCCUCCUCAUCCAGGACCACGGCGAGAAGGAGAUGAUCCGCCUCGCCUUUGGCCCCGAAUCGCUGCUCCACGCUGUCAUGGCCAAGGCGCGCAAGGACCUCGGCCUGCUCCUCCCGGCUUCGCCGACCUCCGUCGCCUCUGCCGGGCACACGCCGUUUCUGCAGCUCCCGCGCCAGAGCUCCGGCCGCGCGGGCGCGGGCGCGCCGUCGCCGCUCUCGGUGUCCUCACCGUCGUCGUGGGCGCAGGCGCCGGUGUUCUCGAGGAGCAACAGCGCGAGCAAUGGCGAGGACGCGGCGGGGGCUGGGGAGGAGCGGCCUAGUCCCGUGAACGGCGCCGCGGCGCCAUUCUUUCCUCAGGCCGGGGACGCGCUCCUGGACGACAUGCAGCUGCAGGAGCAGCUGGCGUUCCUGAACGAGGGCGGCGUGAACCCCGCGCACCAGCUCCCGGCGUUCGACAGCGGGGAGUGCCGGAUCCCCGGUGCCGGAGAUGGCGGCGGGAUGUUCCCUUACGGCCUCGGCUGGCUCAACGGCGGCCCCGCGCACCGCCGGAGCGCGUCGGUGAACGAGCUCCUCGGUGGCGACGGCUUCGGGUGGAAGCCCUGCCUGUACUACGCACGCGGCUUCUGCAAGAACGGCAGCAGCUGCAGGUUCGUCCACGGCGGCCUCCCAGACGACGCCGCUGCGCUCACCGCCGCCAAGAUGGACGCCGCCGCCGCCGAGCAGCAGCAGCAGUGCCCGGACUUCCUCCUCCGCUCUAACAGCCCGCGCCUCGGCCCUGGCGCCUUCCCCUACUCCCCCACCGGCUCCCUCCCCGGCUCUCCUUCCGCCGCCAGCAAGUGCCUCAGCUUUCUGCUGCAGCAGCAACAGCACGACAGAGCCGCGGCCGCGGCCCUGUUGCUGGGCGGCGGUGACGAGGCGCACAAGUUCAUGGGCCGGCCGCGCCUUGACCGCGCCGACUUCGCCAGCAUGAUGAACCCCGGCUCGCGCCAGAUUUACCUCACAUUCCCGGCCGACAGCACAUUCCGCGAGGAGGACGUCUCCAACUACUUCAGCAUCUACGGGCCGGUGCACGACGUGCGCAUCCCGUACCAGCAGAAGCGCAUGUUUGGGUUCGUCACCUUCGUCUACCCGGAGACGGUGAAGCUAAUCCUGGCCAAGGGCAACCCGCACUUCAUCUGCGACGCGCGCGUUCUCGUCAAGCCCUACAAGGAGAAGGGCAAGGUCCCCGACAAGUACAGGAAGCAGCAGCAAGGGGACUUCUCCGGCUGCACGACACCCACCGGGCUCGAUGCCUGCAGGGAUCCCUUCGAUCUGCACCAACUCGGGGCGAGGAUGCUGCAGCACUCGAACAGCGCGAGCGAGCUGCUGCUGCGGCGGAAGCUGGAAGAGCAGCAGCAGGCGGCCGAGCUGCAGCAGGCCAUUGAGCUCCAUGGCCGCCGUCUCAUGGGCAUUCAGCUGCUCGAUCUCAAGUCUCGCGCUGCAGCCGCAACAACAACGUCGACACUGCCCACUCCAGUUGCCAAUGCCUUCGCCUCCAGCCAACCCGUGAGCACCACCACAGUCGAGUCGCCGCCGGAGUCCGGGGAGGAGCUCAAGUUAAGCAGCGGUUUUGCUCCGGAGGUGAAGGUCAACGGAGGUGAUAAGGAGGAAUCUGCUGGCGAGGCAAGCCCGAACGCUGCCGAUAGCGACCAAAGUGCGGAGCACAAUUUGCCGGACAGCCCGUUCGCUUCUCCAACCAAGUCGGCCGUGCUCGUGCAUGAUGGUUUUGCCGCCACCGAGACUGAGGUCGUCGCAUCCCGUGUUUGUGUGGACUCCGGCAGCAAUGCCGACAGCGGUGGUAACCAUCUCCGCCCCCUGGCAUUGGACAUUCCUUCGCCGAGGCCCUACUUCUUCCCCAUGCACAGGCUGUCCUCCGAUCACGGAGCGAUGGGGAUGUAAAGUUCACCGUUGGAAAUGAGUGAUACCCCCAGCUUAAUCAUAGAAUACAAGAAGCCAAGAAAAACGAUGGUGGAAUAUAGGAAAAAAGGUGUGAAGUGUCAGCAUAGUGUUAGCUCCCUUUCUUUUGUUCUUUGAGUCCCCUUUUUUAGUGGAUAGCUCUACUAAACCACAAGAGAAGAAGAUGCCAUUAGCCUUGGUUAAGCGGCGGCAUAUGAAGUAUUGUCAGAUAUAUAUACAAGUAAUCAAGUGUUACCCCUAGCUAUUAGAUAUACUACUAGUACUUUGUAUUUACCACUAGUGCCAUCAGCACCAUUGAUGUUGCUGUACCAAUAUCCUUCAUGUACUCUGCUACUACUACAGCCACCUCCACUAGGUUUACUAAAUGUGAGGGUUAAUCCACAAUGCUGGUACCAGCCACAGCCCACAGGUCACAUGUAAAACCAGUACAGCUACAGCCUGCUGGAAGCUGCAACGGGUGCAGAUAUUGUAUACAAGAGCGGCCCAGGGACCGGAGAAGAGCACAUGGCCAUGGCAGUGGUCUCUGAAGUAUUUUACUGCUACUGCAACAUCGCAAGCCAUAUGGAUAUUCCAAGGGCUUUGUGAAAUCUGAUAGUAUAGUGUAUAUCUUCAGUCUCUGUCUCUGUUUAUGGCUCCCAGUAUCUCCCCUGAUCGGCAGAGGCAGGUCGUUACAAAAUACUAUGUUUAUUUUGUUCUGCUUAUGUUUCCACCUGGUUGAGUGGAUCUAGUGUAGUUGACACCUCUACAAGUGAAGUGAAAGAAAAAAUUAUCCAAGUGCUUUGCCCCUCCAUUU